UAAUUAUGGACAAAUAUUACGGAAAGUCAUCACAUUCCAAAAUCUUCAAAAACAAGUCUCCAUUACGACGCGUCUUGAGGCCAUCGGUAGCCAUGGGAUUUCUACACCGUGGCCACGGACCCCCACGAGCAUUUCCCGUCUCGCUCUUCCACUCCCUCUCGUCGAACCUCCUUUUCCAACGUUCCCUCGCAGCCACCGACCGUUAUCUAGUUAAUUAAUCUCCGCCGACGGCGGCAGCCGACUACCAGGGCGGCAAAACUCCCACCGUUUCUGCAGCCGUAACGAGCCACGACAACGAAAGUGUCGAGCGCCACCCCCUUAGUUCACUCCAGAUUCGCAACUCUCCCCAUCUUUUCAAACUGCGAAAAUUUAAUCGCUUUUAAAGAACCUUCAUGCGAUUUAUCGAAGGGGAUAAUUGAAAAAUGGUUGAAGAAGUGAAAUGAUUUUGGAAAUAAUAGUGGGGUGAAGAUUUGAAGAUGAAGACGUGAAAAGAAUGAAGAAGAACAAAUACUUGGUGUUUAGAUCAUUAGAGAUUCAAACAUACAAUUUACUCGGAUCUACACGGCAUAUAAUGCAAGUUGAAGCUAUAAAAGUUACACAGAAAAUAGCGGUCAUGGAAUGAUUUGAAAAUGAUAAAACAAGCGAAACGAGUGACAAAUAAAUUAUUGAAAGAAUUUGAUGGACCACAAAUGAAAGGAACAAUAAAGAAGUAACAUUCAAAGGAUUAGUUCUACAUUGAUGACCAUCGUUCCUCAAAAUUCCUCCAAAUCCCGCUUCAAGCGAAACUCUGCUGUUUGAACCUCGACCACGGAACACCAGUGGCGACAUCCCGUUCAACCUACAUUCUCUACCACUCGCAAGAUCACUCCGACGAGUCAACGCCUGAUAACCUACCAUCGAAACAAUUUACCAUGAAGCUCAUCAGAUCCAUGACAGUUACCCUCCGAAAUAAAUCUAUCGAUCGCUCCCAUAUUCCGAACGAGGUCCAACAGCGAGUCUAUCGGCGGAGCAGACAGAUGUCUCAGGUCGACGUUGCGACGCGUGCGGGGUGGCUCGUGGCGUGGUGCUCGGUGGCGUGGUACGACACGGACGGUGCGCCCCCUGAUGCGGGGUGGGCAAGUAUUGAUUGGGUCGGCGCGUUGGUCGCGGCGUCCGUGUCCAGAGUGCAGGAAGAGAGGGUGGCGGAAUCGCCAGGCGCCAUCACGCGGGGCCACCGCGACCGUCGUCUGAAGGGCCGUCCAGCCAGUGGCCGCGAUCUCGAUUCACCGAAAAGAUGGUCAUGAUGGCUGGCAUGGACGACCACGAGCGAAAAGUCGUCCUCGAGUUCUGCCACCUGCUCGAGAAAAGCAAGCAGCUGUUCAACGGGCUACGGGAUUUACCACAGUACGGGCACAAGCAGUGGCAGGGUUACUUCGGGCGCACCUUUGACAUCUACACGAAGCUGUGGAAGUUUCAACAGCAGCACAGGACGAUACUGGACACGAAGUACGGCCUGAAGAGGUGGCAGAUCGGUGAAAUCGCGAGCAAGAUCGGCCAGCUCUACUACCAUUACUACCUUCGCACCAGUGAGACUUCGUACCUUCACGAGGCCUACUCGUUCUACGCGGCGAUUCGCGGCCGCGCUUACUACAGCCGUGCCGCCAAGGAGGAUAGGAGCGACCUGAUGGUGAAGAAGCUCAGGUAUUACGCCCGUUUCAUCGUCGUCUGCCUGCUGUUGAAUCGUAUGAAGCUCGUCCGUGAAUUGGUCCAAGAGUUGGACGCCCAAAUCGUUGAUUACACCAGCACCUACGAACCGGACGAUCAACUCGAGUGGAAUUUAGUCCUCGACGAGAUCAAGGCGUUCGUGAAGGCCGAGUCGGCCGUCGGAGUGGUGCACUCGGACUCGAACCCGGUUAUACUGACCCACAGGUUGGGGCCCCAGACCUCGCCGCCAGUCGAACGUACACCACCCAUGUGCCUAUCCCUGCAGGAGAUCCUGAUCGUUGGCAAUUGCGCCGACCAGGUGAAGUUUAGUGAAUUGUCGAUGGACAUGUUCAGGAUGCUGCAAACGCUGGAGAGGGAGCCAAGGGACGACCCUAAUCACCUGCACGAUGCGUCGCCGGCAGGGAGGAUGCCUUUCAGGCCUGGCGCGUAUCCUGGUGCCGAGAACGGUGCCCCGAGGCGGGACAAUCCACACAAGUACCUGUUGUACAAGCCCACCUAUAGCCAGGUACAGGUAUUCCUCGCGAGCGGCUUCAAAGAGCUGCCCGCGAACGGAGCGCUGUUGCUCUACUUGUCCGCCGACGGCUGCUUCUCCACCGUCAAGCAUCCGGAAGAAAUGGGGUACGACCUGGGUGGCGUGUCCACGUGUAGCAAGAGGGACCCGGAGCACGGGAAGAGGCCGACAGGUGGCAAGGAACCGCACUGCCUAUACCCGGGUGACCUCUAUCCAUUCACAAGAAAACCGCUGUUCGUGGUCGUCGAUUCGGACAACAGCUUCGUGUUCCAACAGAUACCUCGUUAUUUCGGACAGCCGUUGAUGGUGCUAAUGUCGCCCCAAGACACGCCGUCAACGUUACGCGACGUUCGACACGGUGGAAGCCUGUUCACUCUAUUUCUCCACGCCCCCUUAGCCGCGUUUUGCCUUAUAUGCAACAUCGGCAGCCUGGCCGUGCACCACUGGGAGCGGUGCCAGCGUUACAUCGAGCGAUUCCUCAUCGAGGCCUGUCAGCUCGUCACGCGCUCCAGAUGCGAAACCAGCGUGUUGCAAUUCUUCGGCGACGAUUUCCUACGACUGUUGCUGGUGCGCUACGUGUUCUGCGACGUGGUGUUGAAUCUGCACCGGUCGUUCAGGGGUCGACAGCAGAGGCCCCGUUGCCAUCCACCGUUGCCGGACGCGGAGGUCCUCGAGCAUCCCACUCUUCAUCAUCUGGUGCUCGAUCUGGCCGCCUGUCUUGACUGCCGCGACCAUUUCCCGGACAGCAACGAACUCGCCUGACCCAGGCAUCUUUCCUGCCCGGCCCCCCAUGAGUCCACAUCCCUGUUGCCGCCGUACAGCCACGACUACGAUUACGAUUACUGUAACUACAAUUGCAACAAUAAAAUCGUUACACUGAGACCUCAUUAAACCGCGUCUAAACAAAAAAAAAAGUAAAAAAGAUUUAAAAAAAGGAAAGAAAGAAAAAGGAGAACGAGAAUAAGAAAGAAAAUGAGAAUCGAAGGAGUCGAAACAAAAAAUAUGUAUGUAUGUAUGUAUAGGAAAGGAAGAGAAAGAUAAAUGAUAAGUGAAGAACGGAAGAAAUCACGUGUGUACAGUCCACGUGCACGUGUAUCGUCGUUCGAUAAAUCACGGGGAUUAAUUGGCCGCUCGUGUUGGAUAUCGUCGACGCCGUCUCAGGGUAACCCGGCGUCGUACUUUUCGUUCUAUCAUCGUUGUUCUCGUCGUCUGUUCGUCGAUGAUCUCUCGAUGACUUCUGGAUUCUCCUUGUCAAUAGGUAUUUGUCGAUUGGAAGGUUGAAAAAAGACACACGACGCCGGGUAACGACGCGUUUUUCUCUUCUCUACGCGCGAAGAAACGUGCGGAUACGGAAGAGGAAGUGUUAAAGAAGGUGGAGGAGCAGGAGGAGGAGAAUGAAACGAACGAACGAAGAAAUUAUAUUCGUGGCUUCGUGGUUCUCCUUUUAAGGACUCGUUCUAUGUUAAUCGCGACACACCGCUGCCAGUUUUUUGCUACGGACUAGUAAACGAAACACAAAACAGAGAAAAAAGUCUAUAUGUAUAUAUAUAUGUAUAUGUAUAUAUGUAUAUAUAUAUAUAUAUGUAU